UGUCAGCAUGUGUAAGAUAUUAACCUCUUAAUUAAAGAACACUGUUACUGAAGAAAAAAUGGCGGUGGCAGAGUUCAGAGUGUGUAUAUAAGAACACGAAGACGUGAAAAGAGAAAGGCUCUCUCUCUCUUUCUUUCUUUCUAGGCCAUGGAUGCGCUAGAGUUGAGCAACAUGAAAGUAGGGAAAAGAAGCAUUGUUAACAGCAUUACCAAAACACUUCGCAUUAUUGAACUAUGCGUCGCUCUCUUCUUCCUUACGUGGUUCCUCACGCGCCUCCCCUUAGCUCUGCGACUCUCCGCCGACUGUCUCCGCAGUCCUCUCUUCGUCUUCGCCGUUUUCAACGCCAUCAUCGCCGCCCUCCUCGCCCAGUCCCGCCGAUUCACCCAAUCCCAUUCUGAUGAGACGGUGGUGGCAGAGGCGAAACACCGGCAGAUCGGUGACACGUGUACGGACAGCGAUUCAGGCGCCGCAACAGAUCAUCUUGAUAGAAGAAAAGUUUAUUUCCGGAGCCUGUCGGAGGGAGAGGGUGAGGAUGGGAAUAAGACGGGCGGACGAGAACUCCGGCGAUCGGAGACGGAGAAGGCGCGGGAAAAAUCGUAUCCGCAGGAUAAGCUGAGCAACGAGGAGUUCCGGCGCACGAUAGAGGCGUUUAUUGCAAAGCAAAUGAGGUUACUGAGGGAAGAGUCGUUGGCCAUUUCGCUUUAUAAUUAAGAAGUUAACGUUAAUAAACAUAAAAUCAAAACCUCAAUCACUCAACUAACCAAUGAAAUCAACUGCAGUAUGCACUCUAUUAAUUUCUUUCUUUUCUUCCCUUCCACACUUUCUAUAGCUUCUUAUAUGCAAAAAUAAAUUAAAGAAUUUAUUAUUUUUGCUUUUAUUGAUGUCUUGCACUUGCUCUGCAGUUUUAUUGUGGUAGAGCACGUAUAGAUUGGCACUUGCUCUAUAUACAAUUAAUCUCUUGUUUUGCCAGAGAUCUGAACUUUUCAUGUGUACUAUCGAAUAAAAGAUC